AUGGCCCUCUAUACCCCACACUCGCCUGCAACAACGCAUACCAUCCGCUUUCUCGAGCGCAUAAACGCCGACCAUCAUCUCUCGCUCCAAACUUAUCAUGACCUCCACAAAUGGUCCGUAGAUAACAUUGACAAGUUCUGGAGCGCCGUUUGGGACGACACCGACAUUGUUGGCAUCAAGGGCUCCCAUGUCGUCGACACCCUAGCCCGCCCUCCUGAAAACCCGGAUUGGUUCUCCGAGGCUCAAGUCAACUAUGCUGAGAAUAUGCUUCGCUGCCGUUCGGAAGGAAGAUUGCGCUCAUUCAAGCCACUGUAUGCGCUCGUCGCGGAUCUCGUAUCGGCCUUCCUCGCCCGCGGCCUCAAGCCGGGCGAUCGGAUUGCAUCAUACUCUUCCAACUGCGUUGAGAACGUUGCUGCCUGCUUGGCCUGUGCUGCGAUUGGAUGCAUUUGGGUGAGCGCCGCUGCGGACUUCGGGCCUGAAGGUGUCUUCGAGAGAACCUUCACAGGUUCGACCAAGUCCAGCCCCGCCUCAUUAUCUCUGUCGAUGCUGUGGUACAAGUCGGGGUUGCGUCCCGAAGUCGUCGUCAUCCGCCAUCCGUUUGGAGUGACCAAAACCGAUUAUUGGAAUGCUGACUGGACCGACUGGGAUACCCUUGUCGCCGACGGUGCGACGAAGAAACUCGGCCGUACCGCCGACGGCGAAAUUGAGUGGAAACGCCUCGAUUUCAACUGGCCGCUAUGGAUUCUUUUCAGCUCAGGCACUACAGGUCGCCCGAAGCCCAUCGUCCACCGUGCUGGCGGGAUGCUCAUCCAGGCGAAGAAGGAAUUCGUUAUCUGUGCCGACCUACAGCCUGCAGACGUCUUCUUCUACUAUACUACCACUGGAUGGAUGAUGUGGAACUUCCUGGUUAGCGGGUUGAGUGUCGGCUGCACCCUUGUCCUCUAUGACGGCAGUCCACUUUACGAUCCUGCGUACCUCUGGCGCCUCGUUGACGAGCUUGGGAUCACUAUCUUCGGGACCAGUGCGAAGUACAUCGAUCAACUGGCCAAAGUUCACAAGCCUGCGGAGCACCACGCACUCACGACACUGCGGCAUAUAUACUCCACCGGAUCUCCGUUGGCGCCGCACCUUUUUGACUUCGUGUACGACCAUAUCAAGAGGGAUGUGCUGCUGGGAUCGAUCACAGGCGGAACGGACAUUUGCUCGCUGUUCGCGGGAAUGUGCACCGCGCUCCCCGUCUUCCGAGGGGAGAUCCAAUGCCGCCUUCUGGGAAUGGCCGUCGAGGCGUUCACACCAGCCGGCGCCGCAGCGGGCCCCGAUGAAGCCGGUGAUCUUCCCGCAGGCUUCUGGCCCCUGCCCGGCUACGGAAAUGCGGACGCAGUCGAGGUGGCGCGCAAGCGCUAUCAGGACGCGUACUUCUCAGAGUUUGAGGGCGUCUGGUAUCACGGCGACCAUAUCAUGAUCACGAGCUCAAGAGCUGGCAAUGGCGGUGGAAUUGUCAUGCUCGGGCGGAGCGACGGCGUCCUGAACCCCGGCGGCGUUCGCUUCGGGUCAGCUGAGAUAUACGACGUGAUCGAGGAGUGUUUCGCGCCAGCGGCGACGCACGCCGCGCACGCCGUCGCGGACUGCCUCGCGGUCGGUCAAAACAUCGCGAACAACACGGACGAACGCGUGGUGCUGUUCGUCAAGCUGCUCGAGGGGCAGACCCUCACCGAAGAGCUCACGAAGCGGAUCAAGACCGAGAUCGUGCAGGUCGCGGACAUACCCUACACAGUGAACAUGAAGCGGGUCGAGGUGCCCGUGAAGAAGAUCAUCAACGGCGCGCCGGUGAGCAGCGUGAAUCCGGCUACAUUGCGGAACGCCGAGUGUUUGGGGGAGUACGAGCGGAUUGGGGUGUUGCUACGGGCAGAGGCGUAG